UUUUUGGCGUUUUUGUUUGGCGAUGCCCUUUUCACGGCCACAAAAAAGGACGCCUGGCAGAAGCUAGAGAAAAAGGAUGCGCGUGAGGCUGGACGUGUGCUGCAUUCAGGGACACCGGGAACUCGCGGCGGCGGCCAUACGAGAGGACCUGAGAAGCGUCGGGCCCCACCGCGGUCUGCUCCUUUUCCUUCCCCCUGCAGGAGCAUGCUUGCGUGAGGGAUGAGGCCGUGCACGGGCACUCCAGCGGGCCAGAGCUGCGGCCUACUUCUCACCACAGCCGGUGGCGACGCUGCUGCAAGACCCGCGAACACACCGUCAACGUCACGUCAGCAUCUUUGGUCAUCAGGUAGAUCCAGGAGCAUGAGCAGAACUUUGAGCUGCGGGAGCAGAUGUCUGGGUACAAGCGCAUGCGGCGGCAGCACCAGAAGCAGCUGAUCGCCUUGGAGAACAGGCUGAAGGCCGAGAUGGACGAGCACAGGCUUCGGCUGCAGAAGGAACUGGAGACGCAGACGAACAACACUUACAUUGAGCUGGAGAGGCUGGCCAAACGCCACGCCACUCAGACGGACAAGGAGAUGAAAUCGGUUGCGGCUGAGGAGAGGAGAAUCCAGCAACAGAUUGUUGCUCAGCAAAAGAAAGAACUGACAUCUUUUUUGGACAGCCAGAAGAAGGAGUACAGGCUCUGCAAGGACAAGAUCAAAGAAGAAAUGAGCGAGGACCCUUGCACACCCAAGGAGGAGAAGCAUGAGCGUCUGUCCAGGCACAAAGAAACAAUACAGCGCUCUCAGGCUGAGGAGGAAGCUCACCUGCUGGCCCAGCAGAGGCUCGUCUACGAGCGCAGCUGCCGGGCGCUCAGACGCCGCAGUCUGGUCAGGAAGCAGGAGUUUGAACAAGAGCAACUGCGAGAGGAGCUGAACAAGAAGAGGACCCAGAAGGAGAUGGAGCACGCCCUGAUAAUCCGGCAGGACGAGGGCACCCAGGACCUCGAGCACAGGCAGCUGCACAUGCUGCAAAAACUGCGCGUGGAACUCAUGCGUCUGCAGCACCAAACGGAGCUGGACAACCAGGAGGAGUACAACAACCGGCGGCAGCAGGAACUGCAGCGGAAACACACAAUGGAGCAGCGUCAGCAGCCCAGGGACCUCAAGACGCUGGAGAUGCAGAUCAAGAAACAGUUCCAGGACACUUGCAAGGUGCAGAACAAGCAGUACAAAGCUCUUCGCAACCAUCAGCUGGAGGUAUCGCCCAAAGGUGACCACAGGAGCAUCCUCAAGGGGCUGAAGGAGGAGCAGACCCGCAAGCUGGCGGUGCUGGCGGAGCAGUACGAGCAGAGCAUCAAUGAGAUGAUGGCGUCACAAGCGAUGAGAUUGGAAGCCGAGCAGGAGACGGAGAGUCAGGCUCUGGAGCAGCAACUGAAGCAGGAGAUGGAGCUGCUGGACGCCUACCAGAGGAAGACCAGGUCACAGAUGGAGACCCAACACGAGAGAGAGCAGCAGAAACUGGAGCAGAAGGUCUCCAUACGCAGGGCCCACCUUGAGCAGAAGAUUGAAGAGGAACUGGCUGCCCUCCAGAAGGACCGCUCGGAAAGGAUCAAGCACUUGUUGGAGCGUCAGGACCGGGAGACGCUUACGUUCGACAGCGAGAGCAGAAGCCUGGGAUUCGGCAGCCUGGGAUCUCUGGACUUCCCGAGAGACGACGACAGAUGAAAGCGGACCAACAUGGCGGCGGCCUUUUUUUUUAAGCACCAGUGUUUGUUGUUUGGCCGGAUAACUUUGUGCUCUUCUUCUCUCCCAGAUAGUCUCGGGACAGAGGCGUCCGAUGAGAAACUGCUUUUGUGACACAAGCGGAAUCAAGCGGCGAGGAUGGAUUAUUGGGAAUUUUCCGUCGCCGCCUCCCUCCUUUUUGGUAUGAAUUGAAUACUUCAGGAAAACUUUUUGGUAAAAUGGGCACUUUGAUAUGUUUAAAUAGAAACCCAUCAUGUUCAUAUUAAUGUGUGUGUGACAUGGAGGGACAUUGUGGAAUGUGAGCUGCGGACCCCCCCGCCCCACCACCACCACCAGUGUGGUGUUUUUAUUAUUAGAAGCUGAUCCCCCCCCAGUCCCCACCUCCCCCCUUUGUUCUCCUUUUUAUAAUUUUCCAUGCAUUUAACGCUCAGAAUGUGACUGCAGUCCAUCGCGAUGAUUGAUUGGCCGACAUCUCCGCUCGCUUCUUAUUGCAUGCACUUUAUUAAGGACACAUUCAGGUUGUGACGCAUGAAUCUGUCAGAGAUCUUAGCUGUUUGUGAAUAAAGUGGUCAUAGCUUCUUUUUUUCUUUAUGUUGCAGAAGAAAAAAAUAACAUAAGCGCCAUGUUUAACUUAUAUACAUAUAUUUAUAUCAGGGGUGUAACAGAACAGUACGCCAUAAUCACGCUUCGGCACGUACCUCAGCUUUAAGGUUAGAUUUCGCCUUUACGAUUUUGUAACGUGAAAAACAGCAAACUGCUAGGUAAUUUAAAAAAUAAAUAUACCUUAAUUUUGUUCUCAUCAAAUUGCGUCUUUAUUCUCAUAUUACAACUUUCAUCUUGUAAAAUUGCAUUAAUUUCUUGUCAAUUUUCUUUAUUUUUACAAGAAAUUUAUUUUUCAAUAGAAAAUGCACACGCACUUCGGUUAAAAUACAAUUCUCAAAUUUGAAAAAAUAAAUAUAUUUCUGACUUAUAUUCUCAUAAUAUUACAACUUUCAUCUUUUUUGCAAA